AACAAACGUUAAAGCCAUACACAAAGGAAGGGUUUUGGAAAGCCCUAAUAGCACGUAAGCCUCUGAGAUUAAUUUCAUUUCUCAAAGCCAUCGAUCUUUAGAAUUUGGAACUGGAAGAUGGCGUUCGCUUCAACAAUUCGACGCUUUCUCUCAGGCUCAGCUUCUCCUACUCUCCAACCGCAGCUCUUCUCUUCUCGUCUCUACUCAACUCUCACUUCUCCAAAGCUUUUCGUCAGUGUUACUGGCUCUUCUUUAUGGUGUAAACAAGUAGGCCUUUCAAGACUAACAACAGAUGAGAAGCUUAAAGAGGCAUUUUCUCCCUUUGGACAGCUUGUUGAAGCAAAAGUCGCAGUGGACAGGGUCUCUAGAAGAUCAAAGGGGUUUGGUUUUGUCACAUAUACAACAAUAGAUGAAGCAGAGAAGGCCAGAGAGGGGAUGAAUGCCAAAUUUUUGGAUGGAUGGGUAAUUUUUGUAGACCCUGCCAAGCCAAGAGAGCAGAGACCUCCACCAGCACCAGAGCCUUCUGAAACUGGUUUCAAAAUAAAUAAGACCAUUGGAUGGUGUGGGUGAUUGCAUUGGAAGUUUUGAUUUCAUUGUAGUGGAAGAGUUGCUCGAAAGCUAUGCACGAGAUUAGUCAAGAAUACAAUUUACAAUUUAAGUUGAGGAACAUGUUGAGUGAUUUAUUACAGACAAGCAUAACUUAUUAACCUUUUCUGUUGAUUUGUUUUAGCUUCCUUAUUGUGCGA